AUGGAUACAUACAUUCGUCAAAAUAUAAACUCAAUUCCUAUACCAAUCUACUCUUCAGCAGCAGACAGAUACGAUGUUGCGGAUGUUAUUGGCAAGGGCAGCUUUGGACAAGUAUUCAAAGGAUCACCAACUAUACUUUCUAGACGAGAUAAUAACCAAUAUUCUCCAUCUACUUUGGUUGCAGUAAAAGUAGCUAAGAAGCCUCAGGAAUCAAUCAUGGAGUGUCGCAAACUCAGAGAAUUUAUCUUCAUCUCCUUUGUGCCACCUCAUAAUGCACUGGUCCAUACUUAUGAAAUGUUUCUUGAUAAAUCAGUUAAGAAGUUUCAUAUUGUAAUGGAAACUAUGGAAAUGAGUUUAAUACAACUCAUGGACUCGCGUAAAAAAAUGCCCUUUUCAACAGCUAGUAUUCAACUAAUCCUAUACCAGAUUCUUGCAGGACUUGCUCAUAUCCACAAGUCGGGAUUUUUCCACAGAGAUGUAAAGCCGGAAAAUGUCCUCAUUUCCAAAGUCCCAGUUCAAUCUGCAAAUCUUUUACUCAUGGCACAACAAUACGACUCUGGUUCACAAUUACGACAACAACAACAACAACAACAUCAACAACCACAUCAAUCAUGCUAUGAUUUAAUGGCUGAUAGCAGUAGCGGCAAUACCAGCAUCAAUACAGUUCACAAUAAUAAUAAUAAUAGUAAUAAUAAUAAUAAUUAUAACAUGUCAGGAGCUCUCUUUUACCAGUCGGCUGAUCCCAACCUCAAAAACUCAACCUACUCGAUUGAUUCCCAAGCAAGCUAUCCCCUUUCUCUUUCAUCAUCGGCAACUUCUGAGAACUCAUUCCAGUUUUUUAUUUCAGAUGACAAUCCAGCUUUUGCUGGAGAGUCAGGCUCUUAUAUUGUCAAAUUGGGCGACUUUGGUCUGGCAAGAAAUAUUGAUUGUUCAGAUCCUUACACAUCUUAUGUUUCAACAAGAUGGUAUCGUGCCCCAGAGCUAUUGCUACGGAAGGGCAGUUAUUCAUGUCCCAUUGAUGUUUGGGCUUUUGGAACUAUGGCCACUGAGAUUUCUACUCUGGCUCCGCUUUUCCCCGGUUCAAACGAGCAUGACCAAUUAUUUCGUCAAAUUGUUGUUUUGGGGUAUCCGGGCUCCAAUUCAAAUGGUGGAACCUGGAAGGGCUUUACAAAUUUGAUGCGCAAGCAAAAAAUAUCUCACAAGAAGUGUGAACCAACCCCCAACUCAUUUGAAACUAUUUUAAGUCACAAGAAUGGGGUUCUUGAAAAAGCUAUUCUUUCUUGUCUUCAGUGGAAUCCAGAGCACCGCUUGACAGCAGAUGAGUUGCUAAGAAAUCCCUUUUUCCAGCAUUGUGAAACCGCAACAAGAUAUUUGUUUUCUUACCGAUCUGAUUUUUAUCACUCAAAGGACCAAGGUUUUGCUCCUGUUCCACUUCCAGCAAAUGUGCCCAGCCAAUACCUGCCGCAGCAGCAGCAGCAGCAGCAGCAACAACAACAGCCGCAACUACAAUUACAACUGCAACAACAACAACAGCAGCAGCCUUUGCCUCAAAUGCAAGUCCCCCUACAAGCAUCUGCUCAAGCAUCCUCCUCAUUUCAUCAAGCAUCCACCCAAACUCUUUUGCAGCAGCAGCAGCAUCAACAACAUCAACAACAUCAACAACAUCAACAACAUCAACAACAGAAUCUCGUCAUUCCUGCCCCAUUUCCAUUUGAUUCUAGAAGUUGGCUGCCUCAACCACAAGGCUAUCCAUCAUUAAAAGUACUUGAGGGUAGCGGAUAUCAUGGCCCUUCUUCUUAUGUCCAGGUGACUGAUAGUCAAAUUCCCUCAUACCAGACGAUUUCCCAACAAAUAUUACAGCACCAACAACAACAACAACAAUCAACAUUGGCUUUUGACGGAAAGUCACACCGAAGGUUGGGCCGGGUAUCAAGUUUAUCAUUGGCUCCAGCCAAGACUUCUGAAGGUGAACAAUACACUGCAGAUGGAAUUCAUAGCGCUUAUGGAAGCAUUAAUAGUCGUGAGUCUAUGCUUAAACAGCAACCAAGUUCUACUAUUACUUCUCCUCAAUUACAAUCACUUCCUUCUCUAUCGAGCAAAAUAUCGUCAUCGUCUUUGCCUUCUCAAUACUCUUUUGACAAUAAGCAAACACCAGUGUUUACUCCUGGAUACCAUCCUGAUGCUUCAUCAGUUUCUAUUGCCAGUUAUGGCUCAUCUACACACUCGAUUCAGACUGGUCUUAAGCCGAGUUUACAUUUUUUCUGCCAAAAGACUGACAAGGGUUAUUCAAUGUCGAAUGUGUCUAGCAUGGAUGGUGAAAGACAAGAUGACAGUGUUGGAAUUCAUUAUCCAAACGCACCUGCUUCUUGGGAAAUGUCUGCCAAUCCUACUGCUGAAGCUUCUUCGUUUGCAUCAUUGGCGGCUCAGGAAGCACAUUUUCGAAAGAAGGAGUGUGGGGAAAGCCAGCCGUGCAUAUAUGACGAGGAUGAAAGUGAUGAUGGGGGAGGUGGCUUUACCGUUGAAAACCGCCAGGAAAGUGCAAACAGCUAUAGAACGGCUGACAGCUUUAACGGUUCUAUCCCAGAAAUGGCUAUGGAUGACGGGGUUAAUACACAUGUUAACUUGGCCAAUAGGUCUGGAACCUUUUAUGACUAUGUCUAUGGAGGCGAUGAAGAAGAGUUUAGUCAAGAUGCUGAAUACGAUAGCCGAGAUGAUACAAUUAACAGCUUUAUCAAAAGACAAGAUGGAAUUGAUAGUUCGAGCGAUCGUAACUAUGUGUAUCACACUGCUAAGGGUGAGACGAUGGACUCGAAUGACGGAAGUGCAUACUCUGAUGAAAUGGAUGAAUCUUCUGGUCCAGAUGGGUUACGGUAUAGUCCUGGACAGUCGAGUGCGAUGGAACAGGAUUAUGUAAAGAUAUUUGAGCAUUUUAGUGAGAAUAUGAAGAGGGAGAAGUUUGUGAAUAACAGUAGAAACAGCAAGAAUGGUGAAGGAUAUAUGGGGGAUACGUCGCCGACAGAAGGACUUGUACACAUGUCGGGGACUUCAUCAGCAGCAAUUACAGCUGCUGCUGCCGCAGAUAGUAUUAUAGUGAAGGCUUCGCCAUCACAAUCAAUUACGGCGCAAAUGAUGCUUAAGGAUGCGUCGCGAACGUUGCUAGAUGACGAUGCGAGUGUUCCGCGGAUGCUGUAUCAUGAGUGA